AAAAGACCUGUUAUUGUUCGUCAAUAUCUCAGCAUUGCGCGGCUCAAAACUUAUCGCAAGAAUGCAAACACAACUUAAUGCUCGUGCCACUGUAACUGUUCCGUUCAGGGUGUCACGUGCAAGCCGGCUCACCGUUCGCACACGGGCGCUUUUUGGCUUCGGCAAGUCCAAGAAUGACGUUGACUCGGAGAAGGAGGAGCAGUGGCGGCUGCAGCAGGAGCUGAUCCAGAAGCGUAAGACCGGGCAGCUGAUUAAGGAGGCGAACGAGCGGCGAAAGAAAGUCGCGGAGGAACUGGCCUCGCGCAAGGAGCUGCGGCGUCGUGAGAAGGAUGCCUUGGCUCGCGGAGAGAUGCCGGACACGUUGAAGAGCUGGAAGCCGUACGAUAAGGAGAUUGAUGAGAAGGCCAACAGCGGCAUUGUCGUCCCGUUGCUGCCCUUCGGCAUUAAGAAGUACGAUGAGGGCGAGCGGUUCGAUCUGCGCAGCCCCUACAGCGACGCGGGCUGGGUAGACCCUGAGGAGCAAGACGCCUGGGCGGGCUUGAAGAAGAUUGGCACCAAGAUUCUCAACUUCUCCGGCAAGAGCGAGCCAACUGAGCUGAAGCCCAUCAUGUGGGCCACGCCCUUCACUAAGAAGCGUGGCGAGGAGGACGAUGAGCCGCAGCAGCAGCAGCAGCGUGGCGGCAAGCCUAAGUCGAAGUAAAUGCAGCGUGGCAUUGCCGAAGCGAGCAAUUAAGUCUGAGAAUGGCUGAGGAACUGGUUUGGGCCACCUCACCGGAGCCGCAGCAGGCUGUAUAACCAUUAUAACAGGAGCAGUUUAUGGAUCCCUUCUAAUUUUGUUUUGAGUGCAGCAUAUUGAGUGGC